GCUUUCGAUAAUAACAUAUCGGAAAAGCGUUUGUUUGUCAUUUCUGUGCAUAACAAUAUCUUUUUAUUUUGCUUGUCGGCACUUAUAAAACAUUUUUGGAGCUGCUAAAUCAAUUCAGCUGUUGAAUCUUAUUAUUUGAAACACAAACUUCGACUGCAUCAUGCCUCCUAAACUUAAAUUCACUGAAGGUGAAAAAGUGCUUUGCUUCCAUGGACCACUUAUUUACGAAGCUAAAAUGCUCAAAAGUAUGGUGAUGAAGGAUAAACAGGUGAAAUAUUUUAUUCACUACGCUGGUUGGAAUAAAAAUUGGGACGAAUGGGUACCGGAAAAUCGGGUUCUCAAAUAUAAUGAAGCAAACGUUCAGCGCCAGCGAGAGGUGACUAAAUUGCACUCCUCGUUAGCAGCUAAAAAUAAGAAGGCAAAUGCUAAAGCGAAAAAAGCUGACACAAGCGCAGGAUCUAGCAAAGAUGGAGACUCGCGAGCAUCUACUCCAUCGAAGGAGGUGGCAAAAGAAAAAGAGCACACCCCGAGUACUUCAGGAACUGCCACACCGAUUGCUUCUACUUCCGGUACGGCUUCCACUAACAAUACACCUACGACAACCAGCCGCAGUAGAUCAUCGGCCAAAAAUGCUGCUGCUGCGGUAGCAACACCCACUCCAGCAGCAAAAGAAAAAUCCGAGGAAAAAGAAGCCCCCGUUGAGAAGCGUAAAUCUGAGGAUACUCCAGAAUCAUCCCAAGCAUCCGCAAGAAAGAAACGCGGCCGCAGUGAUACCACUUCUUCGAAUGUCGAAUCAGAAGAUCAGUUCCUAUCAAAAGUGGAAGUUAAAAUCAAAAUUCCUGAUGAACUUAAACCGUGGUUGGUGGAUGACUGGGAUGCAAUCUCCCGACAGAACAAGCUAGUGGAAUUACCUGCCAAGACGACAGUCCAUGAAAUCGUUGAUAACUAUGUUCAAUAUAAGAAGUCUAGUAAAGCUUCAACGGCUACGAAGGAGAAUGCCGUUCAGGACAUAGCGAACGGAAUCGUUGAAUACUUCAAUGUCAUGCUUGGAUCUCAAUUGCUCUAUAAAUUUGAAAGGCCACAAUAUGCUGAGAUGAUCCAGCAGCAUCCUGGCGUACCGAUGGCAAAGAUAUACGGUUCGUUUCAUUUACUGCGGCUUUUCGUAAAACUAGGUUCGAUGCUAGCUUUUACUGCACUCGACGAAAAAUCAAUUCAAACUUUGAUUGGACACAUUCAGGAUUUCCUAAAGUAUAUGGUAAAAAACAGCAGCACGUUGUUUUCGAUGCAGCAAUUUGUCAAUACCAGUCCGGAGUACCACCGGAAAGCACAAUGAUUUUUAUUACCGUUUCAUCGCAUCGAGAUGAACCGUUACUUGGACUUCACUUAAAGAUGUAGAGAUUCUUUUAUUGUGGAAUGAAUUUCUUUUAUUAUAGAUAUACUAGUAUAUCACGAAAUAAAAAUUAUAGAUUGCUAUGGAUCAAUAA